AUGGCCUUUGGGCCAAGCAAGAGGAGGAAAACCAAACCCAUGGGGCAAGGAGGUGACCAGCAACCAGCUGGCAGAGCUGCUGCCGUGGAGCUUGGCCAAGUCAGGUCUGGUGAGAAGAGAACACAGCAGAAGGCAAGUCCUCAGCAAAAACAACCAGAAGAAAAGAUACCAAAAACACCAGUGGGACCAGGACCAUAUUUUUACAUCAGUGGACCCAAUGGGGCUGAGCUUGUGAGCAUCUAUUGCCAGAGCAGAGGCUGGCAACGUAUCUAUGACAACAGGAGGGAGGAUUAUGCACUGAAAUGGUGUGAAACCAAGAGCAGAGACACCUAUUACCAUUUCAAAGAAGGUGAGCAGCUUCUCUACCAGAUUCCCAACAAUGAAGUCCUCACCACAAAGAUAGGGCUCCUGUGCUGCCUGAGGGAGCAGGAGAGGGCCAUGAAAAGGAGCAGGAGGAGCUCUCCUGCCAAGUUACUGAAGAUGAAAGAAUUCUUCCCAGAAUCUUUUCGUCUGGACUUAAAAGAUGACAGAAAUGCUUUCUUUGAGCUUUGCAAAGAAGAAGAGAUUUGGAUCUGCAAACCAAGCUGCUCUAACCAAGGCCAAGGAAUUUUCCUGCUUAAAAUCCCUGCUGCUGUCAACACCCUGCAAGCCAAGCUGCAGAGCUCCACGGGCUGCCUGCUGGACCAGCCACACAAGCCUCCCCAGGCAAGGAUAGUGCAAAGGUACAUUCACCAGCCUCUGCUCCUGGAAGGGAAGAAGUUUGAUGUCAGGUCCUACCUGCUGGUUGCCUGCACAGCACCUUUCCUGCUCUUCUUUGCCCAGGGUUACGUCCGCCUGACCUGUGGCAACUAUGAUGCCUCAUCUGAGGACCUGACUGUUCACCUCACCAACCAGCACGUGCAGAAGAAGAACCCCCUGUACAGGCAGCAGAAGGAUGAGACAGUCUGGCGGAUGGAGCACUUCAACAGCUAUGUUAAUGAGAAGUUCAGGCAAACCAGUGGCCUCCCCACAGACUGGGUUUUCACUGUGUUUACUAAAAGGAUGCAGCAGAUCAUGCUGCAGUGCUUCCUGGCAGCCAAGCACAAGCUGGACUGCAAACUGGGCUACUUUGAUCUCAUUGGCUGCGACUUUUUAAUUGAUGAGAACUUCAAGGUCUGGCUUCUGGAGAUGAAUGCAAACCCAGCCCUGCAUACCAACUGCAGAGCCUUGAAGGACAUCAUCCCAGCUGUGGUCUACGAGAGCCUUGAUCUGGUCCUCGAGGUUUUCAACAAGCGCCUCAAAGGCCAGAGCGUUUUGCCUUUAAAGACCCUCUCCCAUUUUGUGCUUCUCUACAACGAGGAUGCUGCAGAUCUGGGCAAGAAACCCUCCCCAAGGCUCAGAAGUGGCCACUGGAGAGGCCGGUACCUGCAGCCACACCCAAGCAGUGCCAGCUGCUCUGCCAAAGUGCUGGAGGGCUCUUCCAACAAGCUUCACAGCUCCAGAAACAAAGGCCACCUCUUUGCCAGAAAGAAAUGUCAUCAAAAAGUGUCCUAA